AGCCAGUGUGCACCCAUGAAUAAGGUACACGAAGCCUUUAGAAUGAUUUGCUUAUGACUAACCCCAGUGUGGCAGUGGGCUUUUGGCUGCAACAAGACAUUUUGCUGGCGUGUAACCUUCUCAUUUCCAAGAAGCUUAUUUAAACGAGUACAAACAAGACCUUUCCAACUCUGACUAGUUCUGAGAAAAAAAUGAGUUUUGCAGAAGACCUUGACUAUGGCCUUUUCAAUGAGUACUUAAAUGGCUUCAUGGUCUCCAAGGCUAUGUUCACUGCCUGUGAAUUGGGAGUGUUUGACCUCUUGGAAUCUGAAGGGUUCCUGACCUUCAAUGUCAUUGCUGAACGCUUAGGCACCAAUUCCCAUGGAAUGGAGCAAUUACUUGAUAUCUGUGUGACCCUGAAGCUACUAAAGGUGGAAAUGAAGAAAGGAAAAGCUUUAUAUCAAAACACAGAACUUGCCACCCUGUAUCUCACCAAGUCUGGUCCUAAAUCCCAGUAUAAUAUGUUACUUUACAUGUCUAAAACUACCUACUCAUGCUGGAAUCACUUAACUGAAGCCAUAAGGGAAGGAAAAAAUCAAUAUAUGAGGACAUUUGGUAUUCCAUCAGAUGAUCUUUUUGAAGCUAUCUACAGGUCAGAGGAAGAGCUGGUAAAAUUCAUGCAUGGCCUGCAUGAGAUUUGGAGUAUUAAUGGCAGAGAUGUGAUUACGGCAUUCGAUCUUUCACCUUUCCCCCUCAUUUAUGAUCUUGGUGGUUGCUCGGGUGCCCUAGCCAAGGAAUGCAUCACCUUAUAUCCUGAAUGCCAAGUGACAAUAUUUGAAAAGCAAGAGGUGGUACAAGUGGCAAGGAAGCAUUUUCCAUUAUUAGAGGAACCUCGGAUCGGUUUCCACAUAGGGGACUUUUUCAGAGAUGCCAUUCCUGAAGCUGAUCUGUAUAUUUUGGCUAGGAUCCUCCAUGACUGGGCAGAUAAGAAAUGCAUACAAUUGCUAACAAACAUCCACCAAGCCUGUAAACCAGGCUGUGGUGUUUUAGUGGUCGAAACCCUUUUGGCUGAAGAUAAGAGGGGGCCUUUGACAAGUCAGCUCUAUUCUAUGAACAUGCUGGUACAGACUGAAGGAAAGGAGAGAACUCCAACAGAGUACCAGGAGCUCUUCACUCAGGCUGGUUUUCAAGAUUUUCAGUUCAAGAAAACUGGGAAAAUCUAUGAUGCUAUUUUAGCCAGGAAAUAAUUGUUUCCUACCCCACAACUAUUAUUAAAUAUGUAAAAUCACAGGAUUAGUUUUUGUGAACAUACAAGCUGCUUAGUGAAUAAUGGAAAAAUGCUGUAGGAAUCAAGUUCUUCCCUCCAAAAGGAGGAAAUAUAAUAUUAUAUUCUAAUAUAAUAGAUUUUCAUAAUUGGAAGGGAGGGUAGUUGUCAUCUAGGCCAAUCUUUGCCUGAAGAAUGGAUGCACCAUUCUUGAUAGACAGCUAUUCAUUCUUAUAUGUGUCCUCUUCCCACAUCCCUCCUCCAUCUCCCACCUAGAUGUAUAGACAGAAAGAGAUUGGAAGGUAUGAUAGAAAAAGUAAAUUAUAGAGUCCUAGAGCUGGAAGGUUCAAAGGUCAUAUACUCCAAUGCAUACCAGACUAAGAAUCCUUUGUAUAGUAUAUCAGAGAAGUCAUCCAAACUUUACCUUAAGAUCUCGAGUGAGGGGAAACCCAUUAUCUCCCAAAGUAUUCCAUUUCAUUUUCAGGUAGCUCUGACUGUUGGGAAACUGGUCUUUCACUCU